AAGAAAUUUUCACAAAUUUUAAAUUUUAAUCAAAAACUUUCUAUGCAGCGAAUUUAGCCAUUAAAAUAAUGGCGGCCUUGUUUUCUUGUACUAAAUGUCACACAAGGCACCCAUUUGAUGAGCUUUCCCGAGGAGAACAGUUGUGUAAAGAUUGUCGAAGUAAAUUUCCAGUUGUAAAAUGUACGUAUUGUCGAGAAGAGUUUCAACAAAACAGGUACUGGUAUAUUUCUAUUGAGUCUUUUAUCAGUUGCUUUUAUCGAGGAACAAGCAGUAUUUGUAAAAAAUGUGCUGAAAACGUCAGGAAUUAUGGCAAGCCGACAGCUUGUGAAUAUUGUAGUAUUUUAGCAGCGUUUAUCGGAGGACGUUGUCAGAGGUGUGCUAACUCAGAGAGAAAAUGGGGACCUCCAAAAACUUGUGAGCAAUGUAAACAAAAAUGUGCUUUUGAUAGAGGAGAUCAGAAAAAGGACGAUGGUAAACUGCUGUGUUGGUUGUGUACAUUAGCUUAUAGACGAGUCGUAGCUAAAACACGUAAACAACGCGACGAUACUCGCAAAAGUCUAGGAACAUCUCAUUCUAAAAAAUCAAGCAGUAAAUCAUCAUCAGUGGGCAGCAGAGAUAGUCGAGAAAGUCUCUCAGAAAAGGCAGCUAAUUUAUUGGAAAAAACAAAAGAAAAACCAAAUAAAUCAAAAAACAGAUCUAUUGUAGAUGAAGAAUCACCUCAGAGUAAGAAACCAAGAAUAGAGAAGAACUCUUCUAAUGGCGUAGUUGCUACUCCUAAAAUCACAACUAACAGUAGUUUUACAGACACCAGUAAACUAGACAGUGGAGUUAGUUCAGAUCAUGUUAUAGUUAUAACUCAACUCCGAGACCAAAUAGAGAACCUGAAACGUCAACUACAAACUAAAGAUUUAUUACUGAAAGAGAAGGAUAAGAAGAUCAGUGAGUUAAAAGUCUCAGAAUAUGAACUAGAGAAAGAUCUUAGGAAUAAAUUACAGAGUUUGAAUUUCUCCACGAGCGCCACUAUAGAUACUCUUCAGGCUAAAAACAAGGAAUUGAUGCGACAAGUAGCCACACUCUCUAAACAAAAAGAUAAAAAGGGUACAAGCUCUGCAGUGCCGUCUCCAGCGCCAAACACGCUGGAAUUAUGA